AUGCAGUCAUUCAAACUUUUAAUAUCGAUUUUUCUAAUUCAUCAAACAGCAGCCGGAGGACCAUCACACACACCAUCACCAAGUGAUAUACUUCGUCAUUGUGUAGCUUGUAAGGAUGUCCUAGAGAAUGCUGUUCCACCAUCUGAGCCACCAUGUAUUGUUGGAGUCACAGAAACUCGAGUUCACAUCACAAUAAAGUUCAAACAGGCAGGAAAGGAACAACAAAGUGGCGACUGUUAUUUGCCAUUCUUUACGCCAACAAUUGGACCACCGCAUCCAACAAUUGAGUCUUAUAAUUCGGAUGUACCUUUGACUAUUCUUGUCAAUGGAGCUACUUUUGUUUACAACAGCUAUGAUUUCUCAAAUAUGGCUUAA